ACAAAUACCCCGCAACGCAACCAUAUUCUAUUCUAUUCUAUUCUAUUCUAUAUCAUAAUAUUAUCAUUGUAGUAUUCUAUUCUAUUUGGUCUCUCCCACUUCCCUCCCUGUCUGGUUUACUUGCAAGUUCUGCCAUUGUUGUUGAGCAUUCGAGCUCUCCAAAAAGACAACAAAAAUGACAGUAGGUUCAGGCAUAACAGUUGCCGACGGUAACCUCAAUGUCCUCGGAAACCGCGUUCUCACCGAUGUCCCCAACAACAUUGUUCUCACUCCGCCCGCCGGCCACGCCUUCACCACCGGCGCUUUCCUCGGAGUCCGAUCCGAUCAGGUCGGAAGCCACCGCGUCUUCCCCUUCGGAAAACUCGAGGGAUUGAGGUUCAUGUGUGUGUUUCGUUUCAAGAUGUGGUGGAUGACGCAGAGGAUGGGAAGUUGCGGCAAGGAUAUACCCUUCGAGACUCAAUUUUUGAUCGUGGAGACGCACGAGGGUUCGCAGCUUGGGGAAGAGAGUGAAGAUCAAUCCGCAUUGUACACCGUCUUUUUGCCUAUUCUGGAGGGUGAUUUCAGGGCUGUUCUUCAGGGAAACGCCAAUAACGAGUUGGAGAUUUGUCUCGAGAGUGGGGAUCCUGCUGUGGAUGGAUUUGAGGGGAGUCAUUUGGUUUAUGUGGGAGCAGGAUCAGACCCGUUUGAUGUCAUCACAAGCGCAGUGAAGACUGUUGAGAGACAUUUACAGACAUUUUGUCAUCGUGAUAGAAAAAAGAUGCCAGACAUGUUGAACUGGUUUGGCUGGUGCACCUGGGAUGCUUUCUAUACUGAUGUUACCGCAGAGGGUGUGAAGCAAGGAUUAGAAAGCUUUGAGAAAGGAGGGAUUAUCCCGAAGUUUGUUAUCAUCGACGAUGGUUGGCAAUCCGUUGGCAUGGAUCCUGUCGGCAUUGAAUCUAAAGCUGAUAAUACUGCCAAUUUUGCAAAUAGAUUAACUCAUAUCAAAGAGAACCACAAAUUUCAGAAGGAUGGAAAAGAGGGUCACAGGGUAGAAGAUCCAGCAAUGGGACUGCGACACCUUGUUUCUGAAAUCAAAGACCAUAAUGCCAUGAAGUACGUUUAUGUGUGGCAUGCAAUAACAGGGUACUGGGGUGGUGUUAGACCUGGUGUUACUGAAAUGGAACACUACGAAUCUAAGUUAGCCUACCCUGUUUCAUCUCCUGGAGUUGAGUCAAAUGAACCUUGUGAUGCUUUGAAUAGCAUUACCAAGAAUGGGCUUGGCCUUGUGAACCCUGAGAAAGUGUUUAACUUCUACAACGAACUUCACUCUUAUCUUGCCUCAGCUGGUAUUGAUGGGGUCAAAGUAGAUGUUCAGAACAUCCUUGAAACUCUUGGGGCAGGCCACGGUGGAAGAGUGAAACUUGCUAGGAAAUAUCAUCAGGCAUUGGAGGCUUCCAUUUCUCGAAAUUUCCCUGAUAAUGGAAUUAUUUCUUGUAUGAGUCAUAAUACAGAUGGUUUGUACAGCUCAAAGCGGUCAGCUGUGGUAAGAGCAUCAGAUGAUUUCUGGCCCAGAGAUCCAGCAUCACACACAAUUCAUAUUGCAUCAGUUGCAUACAACACCAUUUUCCUCGGAGAGUUCAUGCAGCCCGAUUGGGAUAUGUUUCAUAGCUUACACCCAAUGGCUGAAUACCAUGGAGCUGCUCGUGCAGUGGGAGGCUGUGCUAUUUAUGUCAGCGACAAGCCUGGGCAGCACGAUUUUAAUCUACUGAAGAAACUAGUACUUCCUGACGGUUCAAUUUUGAGGGCCAAACUUCCCGGUAGACCAACAAGGGAUUGCUUGUUCUCUGAUCCCGCCAGAGAUGGAAAGAGUCUUCUUAAGAUUUGGAAUCUGAACGAUUUCAAUGGAGUUGUUGGGGUCUUCAACUGCCAAGGAGCUGGAUGGUGUAAAGUUGGAAAGAAGAAUCUGAUCCACGAUGAACAGCCUGGCACAGUCACUGGAAUCAUCCGAGCUAAAGAUGUUGACUAUUUGCCCAAAAUUGUCGAUGAUGGAUGGACAGGAGACUGUGUCCUGUAUUCCCAUCUUGGUGGUGAGGUGGUGUAUCUUCCAAAGAACGCGUCUCUGCCAAUUACCCUGAAGUCGCGAGAAUAUGAAGUUUUCACAGUGGUUCCUGUCAAGAAAUUGUCCAAUGGUGCUACUUUUGCUCCUAUAGGUCUUGUCAAGAUGUUCAAUUCCGGAGGAGCCAUCAAGGAACUAGAAUAUGAAUCCGGGAGGAGUGCUAGUGUUAGCAUGAAAGUGCGUGGGUGCGGCAUAUUUGGGGCAUAUUCAUCAUUUCGACCCAAGCGGAUAACAGUUGAACUGGAGGAAAUGGAGUUCGAAUACAAAGAAGGAUCUGGAUUGGUCACCAUUGCUUUGAGAAUUCCAGAGCAAGACUUGUACCUUUGGGACAUGGUCAUUGAAUUGUAAAGCAUUUGAUCACCUUCUGGUAGUAGUCAGAUGAUUCAAAUUCACUCGAUUCAAAUCCUUCAUAAAGACCUGUAAGAGAAAUUUUCAGAUCUUUGCUGUGCGAAGGAUUAAUAACUGGGAAUAUCAUUGUUGGUGUAUUGUUGUUGUCAGUGCAUGGAAUUUCAGAAAGAAAUUGCUUAGUUGUUUGCAGUGGUAGAGUACCACUUCACUUCGUGUAACAAAAUUCAGCAGAUGAAAUGGUAGUUUUUUAUUCUAGUUCACAAUUAAUCUU